AUGGCGACCUUCAAAGCCCUCAACCUCGAAUCUGACGAUGAAGAAGACAUCGAGAUCGACGACACCAAGGAAAUCCAGAUUGAAGAAGCUCUCAAGCUAUACCAGACUGCCCUGAAAUUUCACUCGGAUGGUCCUCCUUCCUAUGCUCAGGCUGCCGAAGCAUAUCGCGCCCUCUUCGAAUCAGACAUCUUCAAAUAUCCAGAGUCGCAACAAGAACUCAAACGCCUAGAACUUUAUGGCCCACAACCAGAAACAGACGACUACUAUUAUUCACACGACCAAGAUCAUUUUGUGCCGACUGGAGAGAAUGCACCUAGUACUCUGCCUCAAAUCAUCCAUCUCGCCUACAAGAAUCACGGUCAAUUUCUACUCGAGUCUCUGCAAUAUGAACUGCUGCACUCCACACAAGAUGUUCAGCUUAACACAAAACACAUCCUCAAAGCGUCUGCUGCUGCCCUUGAGUGCUUUGUCGAGGCUAUAGACAAGGAUGACACCGAUCUGGAUCUGUGGAGACGCUCUGCUGCUGUUGGAGAGAUGCUAGGCAGCCAUCGCAUCGCUCGCUUUUGUCUUGAAGCUGUGCUGGACGAUGAUGCCCAAGGCCUGGACUCUGUGCUAUCCAUACCUGGCAUCUCAGAGACACUGGCUGGUCAACAACUACGAGAACUGGUCGCCAAACUACAAGAUGAGCUAUCCGUAUUGCAAGCUCCUCUGUCGACCAUGAAGCGCCGCCAACUGUCCAGCAUGCUCAAACAGAAACUGGCCAAUUACUCGGUCAUCCACAAUUACCAGAAUGAACACCCCGUGUCGCCUGCCUCGCCGCACCAGGCACUUCGAUGUGUACUCAGCGCACCAAAGUCAUGGCACGAUCUGGGCGACAUCCUUUUACGUCACUAUCUGGCUGAGCAAGCAGGCACUACAUCGGCUCUGCCUGGCCUUGGGAUCUCCUUUAAUUCGGACCGUCAGUCUCCAGACGUCGAGCUGAUUGAGCCUGACCAGCCAUCCCCUCAUCAAACAUCGGCCCCGUCACCUGCCAUGUCUUCUUUAGUUGACGCUCAGUUCCCUGGCACCGACGGCGGUCAACCAACUGUUCCUCUUCCUGCUCCCAAGGAUUUUGAAAACACAGAAGACACUUCUCGAACGCCAUCUGUUACCGUCCUGCCUACUCGCAAACGCUCAAGCGAUGCUGCUGGACUCAUUGACAGCAAUUCUGCCGAAGGCGCAAGAUCGAAGAGCAAGCGUCUGCGCGCCAGAGAGUCAAUUGUCGAUCAGAGUCAGCUAGAGGACGACACCAUGGUGGACCCAGCUCAAGCAGACGAUGCUUUGGCAGACUUGGAUUAUGUUGACAACCAGCUCUUUGAAUCGCUGGACGAGCUUUUCGAGAAGGUGCACUUGCCCAGAUUUGCGGUGUCACCCAACGUACGCAAGGACCUGCGCGAAGCUGCGGGUGACAAGGAGAUAAAGCCGCAGGGUGUAGACCUUGCCUGUGUGGACAUGUACACUUUUCUAAAUGACUAUUCCGAUGACCGAGCACGGGUCUUGCUCAACGCUAACAGCGAUCUCGACACGACCUCUGAUGCUCAUGUCAAGCCGAGUGGCCGCUUCUCUUCCGCUCCCAUCAAUCAGGCACAUACUGACAACAAACCUGACUUGGAUCUACGUGCCGAGCUUGACCGUUUCACAUCCCGAACGAACUCGGACUUCCUCCACAUCAACGAUGUGCUUUACGAAUGGGUCAUACAAUUUCUCAGUCCCGAUCACGGACUCCUCACACGCCCUGAGUUGUCUACCGGCACAUCCAGCUACCUUGGUCACACAUGGCCACAAGACUUUAAGGCGCUUCUAGUCCGGGUCCUUGUCACGACUGAUGCGUUCAUCUUUGAGACGCUGUCCGACUUUGUCUCGAAGUGGGAUAAGGUCCUGCUCUCGGACACAAAGAUUGAGCAGCUGGAAGACGCUCUUCCCUUUAUUGAGGUCAUACAGACUCUCUUCGAACUACACGUGGACGUAUACUCGCUUGUCAAGGAGCCUAACAGCGGUGUUGACACGGAAACUCUGCAGCUUCAGGAAGACCGUGCUGAAAGAUGGGGCAAUCUCGCCCGCGAUGCGAUGAAUUUGCGUACUAGUCUACUACAAAAACCAAGCUUGAAAGAUCAGAUCAACCUACGCUAUUUGUGGACUGUCACUCAUCAUAUCAGUGUCUCGAACAAUAUCUCACAAGAACAGGUCAUCGCCUGUUGGUCAGAACUCAGAUCAAUCUUUGAAGCCGUUGGCGAGACAGUGAUCGAUCUCCCCAACAACUCCGUGAUGCCUCAAAUGUCGAUCGAGGCUAUUGAUAGAGAGCUCUCUCGAUUGACAACUCAGGACUUCUUCACCAAGGUCUUUGAUCCUACACAAAAUGAUCCCACCGUGGUCAUUGAAGGUCUUGAGCCACUCUUGGAGACAUUACACGAAGAUCUACACAUUAGCAGUGUAGUGAGCCCUGAUGAAGACAGCGAUUCGGGCAACCCCAAUCCAGCCCCGUCUGAGCUUCUAAACUUCCUCAAGAACAGCAACAUCGGCAUGCAAGUCUCACUUUGGCAGAGACUUCGUGAAGCAUAUGAAUCCAUCGAUUACCAACCCAUGGUAGUCUGCUGCUACUUCCGCGUUAUUGAGCUUCUUUUAUCAGACCUCAAGUCCACUUCAUACUCUGAGAAAUCUGUCAACGAGCGUCAAAUUGUGAUGCUCAAGUACAUGCGUCUCAUCAACGACCUUGUCGGCAAAAUUAGUGCUUCAAUUAUCUCUCAUGCCGAUGCUUUGGACUGCAUGGAUGAUGAGCGCCUUCAAAAUGCGACAAGCUGUCUGGUUGAUCUGCAGAAAGUGUUGCAUGCUUCGACAAUGCUACAGGAUGAGAUCCAAGUCGGUGCCAAGCAGAAACCUUCUUCUAGCAACGGCGCUCCACUCAAGUCUUUCAUUGCUGUCACGAAAGUUCUCCAGGAAUUGCAAUUGCAAACGUGGACGCUGAUAUAUAAACUAUACCGCGAAAGUCUAGCACAGAACAUUGAUUUGGUCGAAAAGCCCAACGAUUCCCUGUUUGAGUUCUUGAGAGCUGUUCAUCAAGUGUUGGGAGCUCGAAGCAUAUGCGGUGGAUCAGAACGUGUCUUCCUCAAGCUUGCGAAGUCGGAAGUUCUUCGUUUCCGAAACGAGUCGGAAGAGCAGAACGACGACUUUGACCUGGAGUUCGCACAGAUUCUGUAUGACAUGUUUGGCCUGAAAUGUUUCCUCAACCCGAGUUAUGCGCUUAGGGAGCACAACUGCAUUCAUGAUGCUUUUGUUGACAAGACAUCUGGCAUGCAAGCUGUCGAUCUGUUGCUCAAUUUGGCGUCGAGAAUCAAGAUGACUGAGCUACCGAAGCAUCCCCUCAAAGACACCAUCGAGAAGGUUCAUGGCAUCAUUGGGCGCAAGAAACCAUCUGAUGCAAUUCUUCGCAACCGCGAUGUGUACAGGGCUUUUCUCAAGUCGCACAUCAACCCUGUUGAUCUGUACAAAUGCUUGAGAGGAGAGGGCGAACUUGCCUUGACGCCAGUCCCAGCUGAGCACGCCAUUCUAGCGGCCAAAGGCUGGUAUUUCUUGAUGGGAUACAUCUCACUCAGCAAGUUCAGAGCACAGAAACGCAUCGGCCCUACGGCGACCGAGGAUCUCAACAUUGCAGUGGCAUUCUUCAUGCAAGCACUCGAAUUCAGUAUGGAUGACUGGGAACUGUGGUUCCGCUUGGCUCAGGCAUAUGACUCCAAGAUCGAAGAAGCUGUCUCCUGGACAGCUGAGAAGCUCAACGGUGACAUGACUGAGCUGGUGGCGUGGCAACGAGCUGCCAUACACUGCUAUACUAUGGCGGUUGCGUUGGCAAUGCGCUUUGCAGAACCAAGUGCAGACACUCAAGCGAAGUUUGCCGAGCUCUAUGCCGAUUUUGCCAUGAGGAUAUAUUCUUCGUCCAGGGAGCCAUUCGGCAUGAAGGCUUUCGCUGUCGACGACAUUGAGAGAUUCCUUAGUCGGGCGACUAUCACAAAGGUUCCUCCUUUCAAAGCCUUGAUGCCUUUUGCUGCAUUCAAGGUUGCCAGAGAGCUGUUCCGUCGCGCUAUACGCAUCACACCUAACAAGUGGAAGUUGCACUUUUAUCUCGGUAAAUGUCUCUGGAAGAUGUACUGCAACGCCCCAACAGAGACCGAUCGACCGAGUAUCGAUGCCAUCAUCAACGAGUUCUGCGAAUCUAUCAACUUAUUACCACGGAAGAAGGACUCGAAACGUGAACCAAUUCUCGAGCCUCACUACAAGCUUGUCUCAGUUGUGCACAAGAUGGUCACUCGACGCUUUAUCGAUGCUGCUGAGGGAUGCAGCAUACUUGCUGCUACGCCAUAUGCUGCAAAGGCAGAACCGGUUUCUGACUUUGACUCGUGGGAGUCUUACAUUCUGAAGGUUCUGCGUAGUCUUCGGGCAGCGGACAAGGUUCAUUGGCACCAUCGCAUGAUUUACAGAACGGCGGCUAUACUCUAUCGAGAUGGCACACAAGAGUCAUACUGCUUGGCAGCGAAACAUGAGCUUAUGCAGCAGAUGUUCACAAAGACCAUGAUGAUGAAUGUGUGGAAGCCAGAGAACGAGCGUCCUGGCCGUCAUUUUGUCUACACUACGAGAUAUGCCGAUUUGUUCAUCAAGAUCCUUGAGUUCCUCGAUGACCGUUCGUUGCUCGAUGCCCUCGCGCGAAGAGUUCGAAAGAAGACUGGAGAAUUUUUCGAGCAUGGCAAUCUUUGGCAAUUCCUCUGUACGGCGUACCUCAAGGUGCUUCGUUGGUACGGCCAGGUUCCUGUUGCUCAGGAAACUGCAAUCUUCAGCGGUAUCAACCAUGACGAUUUCCUCCGACGCAAAGAUUACUUGGAGAAGUGGUGUCAAGAACCUGCAAACGUCCAGCAUCCUGUGUUAGAGACCAUGCAAGAGGUCAUUGAACUGAAAAAAAUCAACGGUGGAUUGAUGAAGGCAGCAACCAUCGACGAUCUCAUCGGUGAUGCCUAUGCUUAUCUCUACGACACUGUCGGCCGCAGAUUGUGGACUGCGGAAGAAGCCAAGGACGAAGCCAUCAAACAAGAGGCUCUUGCCAAGGAGCAAACUGCUACUACUUCCGUCGAACGAAACCCGAUGAUGAACUUGUCACACCUCAUGAAUGUAGAUGGUGCACCUGACGUCUCUGCCAAGAUCCCUGGCCUUCCGCUUGCCAAUUCGAUACCUGACGGUACCGCGACUCCGCCAACAGGCGAUCAAGCACCCGCAUCACGUCGCAAGAUUGGUGUGGGUAGACGAGAAGUUCGUUUGUGUGCUGAUGCUUGUAUAGCCGCCAAGCUUGGUGCCGGCGCUGCCACGCCCGCAGGCAAUGAACCUCCUCGACCUCGUCAAGAAGUUUCGGUCGUGAUAGAAACACGACGUCCUUCAUCUAAACUGGCCGAUCAGCAAGGCACUGCUACGGCAGAGGGCAGCGUCGCAGGUAGCAUCCACGAUUCUGCCGACGACGAGAGCGACAGUGAGCUCAGCGACAUUGAUGAGAAUGUUGUUAUGUUGAGUCCGGCGCCUCUUCGUCUUACCAAGCCUUCACUGUUUCCGAAUCUCAAAUCUCGCUUCUCGAGUGUCAAGGAUAGCGACAUGAUCACCGACACUGAAGAGGAACACGAAGAUGGCGUCGCAGGUGCCGAAGACAUCGAGGAGUAUGGCGAAGAAGGCGACGAGGAAGAAGUCGAAGAUGAAGAAGGUGACGAAGGUGAACCCGAAGGCGACGUUGUUGCUUCUUUCGAAGAAGCAGAAGCAGAAGCAGAGGAUGCAGAAGACGUGGAAAUGGAGGAUGAAGAUGAGGAAGCUGAAGAACCUGACCCGGCAGCAGAAGCCGAUCAAGCUGUGACUACAGCUUAG